UCGCUGUCGCAGCAGCGUGCACACUACACAGCCCCGUCCCGACGACGACAACGUCGCUUCACUCUUCUCUGUGCACCGUUGGAGCGGGCGGCCGGACCCCGUGCAGCGCAGUGGCGAUCGUGGCUGGAGGCCGUUGCCUUUUGCAGCCAAACAUGCUGCCCUUCGAGACGCCCAGCAUCUUCGACCAGCUCCCGCGGUUCGUCUUCAAGAUGCCGCGGGUGGUGCCUGACCAGAAGGCGAAAUUCGAGUCGGACGAGCUCUUCCGGCGCCUCAGCAGGGAGUGCGAGAUUCGUUACACGGGCUACCGGGACAGGCCACUGGAGGAACGUCAGGUGCGCUUCCAGAACGCUUGCCGGGAGGGACACACCGAAGUGGCUUUCGUCGCCACGGGAACCAACCUGCAGCUUGUGUUCAGCCCCUGCCACAAUGGCUACGUGGAUUGCUGCGAUUUCGAUAAGGAGCGUGGAAAGGUGCAUAUCAAGUCGAGCUUCAUCAUGAACGGAGUCUGCGUCCGGUACCGAGGAUGGAUCGACCUCGACCGCCUUGACGGUGUGGGCUGCCUCGAGUACGACGAAGAACGAGGACGGUUGGAAGACGCUGUGCUCCGAGACCAGAUCGAAUGCUACAACCAAAGGUUGCGAGACUUCGAGGAGAAACAGAGGGCAUUCCGAGCGCGCCACGAACGGCAGGCGGAAGCAGAACUCGAGGCGAGAAGGAAACACCAAGAACUGAGCCCCGACCGAGGUGGAUCUGCGAGCAACUGAACUGGUACAGAGUGGCGCAACAAUGAAAAAUCCACGCCGACACAUCGGAAGAGCUGGCUUCCUGACCAAGGCCAGCUUGCGACUAAUGCCAGCGACUCGGCACCACCCACCGCGGCUGCUGCCGCAUCUGGCCAGUGCGUCAUGCGAUCCUGGCGGAUUGAUUCGCCGCUGUAUACUUCUUACGUUUUUGUACACGAUCGCGCUGAUUCAUCCAUGAUUCGUAAAAGCGGUACAUUUAAAUGGCACGAAAAGUCGCCGAAUGCUCAGACGGGCAAUGUGAUAAUUAUGCUGAAGAGAAAUGCUCGGGAGAAAAAAGAAACGAAAAACGAAGCGACCGGGUUGCUCUUGUUUGGUAACUGUGAUCUCUGUUUUCUUCGCUCGUGGCCUCCUAGAAAAACAUUCCUUCCGCGGUGAAUGAAUAGCGAAUACUCAGGACCACUUUGUGAAAUCUCUAAAUACGUGUUCGAGCUGUUUCCUAGGAUUCCACACAUUGAAAAAGAGAGAGAAAUAACAAAAGCCGACCACCGCAAACAUUCUUAAUUCUUUCCGAUCACUCAGGUGGACGCUGUUAUAUCGAUGGACGGUACAGGGGUCGGCGCAGUGUUAUCCGCGUGUGCAUUCCAACUCCUGGCUUUCCGUGUAGCCGCUUCGCCACUGUCAGUUGUGCUCACACGCGUCCACGUCGAAUGAGGGGCCUUAUUUGUGGGCGGCAGCGAAGCCCGCGCCUGGUGCUCACCUCGGUCCAGCGCUCGGGUCCUCGGCAGCGGCGUCCUCCUCCGUGAGCCUCGGCUUCGCUGCUCGCAGUUAUAUGCAUGUACAAUAGUGUAUUUAUAUUCUACAGCGCUCGCUUUUUCCGUUCGGGAGGUAUAUACCCAUGUACUUCUUGGCACUACUGUUGCGUGCACCGCUGUGCACAUCGCUCCUGUUCAGAACCGUCUUUGCAAACAGUUGACAUGCGCAUAAACUAUGUCAGUCCAUGGGGCCUCUGCGCAUUACCUAGGCUCAAUAUUUUACCGGCGCAAUGACACCUAAAGAAGAAGCUGGCCGUUAAGAUAACGUUCCCUCAAACCUUCGGUCUCUGACCACGGAAGAUGGCGCACAGCGGUUGCUUCAUAUAUAAAAAAGAAAUUCAUCUCUAAGCUCUGUGAGCGUCAAUUAUGGUAAUCGGAUAAAUAUUCCUUUUUCUUUUGUUGCCGUUGUUUCCUGUAGAUAUUGUGAAUAUAUAUGUCAGCUCAGCUAUGUCUUCGUCUUGCUUCUUGUGCCUCGCCUGUUUCUUGAGUUGAUGCUUCACAGCGACGUACACUAUAGUCAUGGUGCGCUUUGUGUGUGUCGCCCAAAAUGCUCCUUGAUAUUUUCUUGGUUCGCGCGGUCAAGCAUUCAGGGGCAGAGCGCAAGCUUACCGCAUUGACAGUCUGGUUUACACGGCGCGUUUCUGCAUUCAUUGUUUGUAUGUUGUUUCGAUGGGGGCGGGGGAGGGGGGGGGGCAAUGCUUGUUUCUGCAUUACGCCGCAGCGAUACAGGUCAUUUCGCUGCUGAAUACCUACUGCUUAGUGAAACGGUUACAGAAAUUAUGAUUGUACUUUAACCGUAGAAUAUAUUUUUUUACUGAUGUUUCAUUCUGAUUUUCAUCCCUCGUUAUGUGCUUCGGGUGGACAUUGUCCUCCCAGAAGAUUGCAUUCGCUAUAGCGCAAUUGCGGUUGUCAUGAAAAUAAUGUGUUCAAAAAUUAUUUGUCGCUGCUCUCCUUAAAUAUAUAAGAUGGAGAUUUACUGCGUCAGUAAGCAAGUGGUAAUACGUUUUAUAACGAUGUGAUAAAGCAAUUUCUUCCUUUUUUUGUGUGCACGCUGUGUGCAAGUUAGUAUACGUUAUCCUGCUCUCUCCUCUGAAUGCGGCGCAGUGUUCUGUCUAUGUACUAAUCUUUUUGCAUGUGUUGUUCUCACUCUGGUGGCUGAAGCAAUUCUCUUCUGUGAACGGAACAACCAAGGACCGAGUCUAGUCUGGGUACUAUGUGUAAUGCUAUAGCUGUACAUGCGAAGAAUUGUAUAAAACGUACACAUUAAAAAAUGCUUGCAGUUGGGUGUCUUAUUCCUUGCGUGUUUUUGGUGGCCACCCUCUGACGAGUCGGCAUUCAUGCCUGAUUCUAGAGAAUGG